AUGACUGCGAUUUCUCCGAACACCGGGAGCGACAGUAAUUUAAAUAAACAAGAAGUAUCAUUCAUGUACUCGCAAAUACUUCGCGAUGUUCUUAUCGGCAUGGAACAUGGCGAUGAUGCAAAACAAGAUAUGGUCGAAUAUUGUCGAGAGCAGUGCAAAGAUGACAGCUAUGAAAGACAAGUGGUUGAUGAAUUCGAUCGAGAGUAUUCUUAUGAUCGAGCAGUGUGGUGGUAUACACGCGAAUGUUUUCUCUACAGAAUGAUAAACAAAGCUCUGAGAACACAAGACAUUGAUGUUCUUUAUAAAAUUAGAUUUUUCAUCAAGCAUCUUCAUUAUCAAUUGAAAAAAAUGCAUUCUCAAUCGACUAAUGAAACCAUGAUCCUGUACCGUGGGCAAGCAAUGUCCUCGGAAGAAUUGGAUCAGAAAGUGAAAACGAAUGUUGGUGGUCUUUUGUCUAUUAGCGAAUUUCUCUCAACGAGCAACAACAAAGCCGCCGCAUCGACCUUUGCUGCUCGAAAUUUAAAUCGGGCACCGCUUGUUGCCGUUUUACUAGAAAUAGAAAUCGAUCCGACAAUACAAGCGCAGCCGUUUGCGAAUAUUCAAGCGGAAAGUUAUUUCGACAUAGAAAGUGAGGUUUUAUUUUCAAUGGGAGCAGUGUUUCGAAUCAAAUCAGUGAUACAGUCGAACGAUGGUGUGUGGAAUAUUAUUCUGAAAUUCACCGACACUGAAGACGAGCAGCUGAGAGCGCUACGGGAUCUCAUCACGCAGGAAAUACGUGAAAGAGAUGAUCUAUUCACUUUGGGCAAGUUGAUGAUUGAAAUGGGAGAAUUCGAUCGAGCAAAAACGUUUUAUGAAUUAUUCCUCAAGGAGACAUCCGCAGGAAAAAAUCCAAAUUCUGCAGCUCCUACUUAUAAAAUCCGCAGAAAGUCUUACAGGGAGAAACGUAACUAUAGAAAAGCAUGGAAAUAUUACGCAAAGGCACUGAAGAUCAAACAUGACAGAGAAGAAAAAGUUUCAAAAAUAUUAACCAACAUUGGUGUAGUUGAACUAGCUCAAGGUGAUUAUCCUGCGGCGUUAAAAACAUACGAAAGAGUACUUGAAAUUUUCUUGCGCUGGCGUUCACCAAAUCAUAGUGAUAUGACAAAGGCAUACACCAACAUUGGUUUGAUUCAUCAAGCUCAAGGUGAUUAUUCUGAAGCGUUAAAAAUGUACAACAAGGCACACGAAAUUUAUUUGAGCUCAGUUUCAAGAAACGAUUCAGAUUUGGCAAUGAUAUACAGCAACACUGGUUUAGUUCUCCAAGCUCAAGGAGAUCAUUCCGAGGCAUUAAAAAUGUUCCAAAAAACACUUGAAAUUGAUUUGAGUUAUCGUCCACUAAAUCAUCCUGAGUUGGCCAGGACAUAUAACAACAUUGGUUUGGUUCAUCAAGAUCAAGGUGAUUAUUCUGAAGCAUUAAAAAUGCACGAAAAGGCAUAUGAGAUUUAUUCCAAUUCACUUCCACCGAAACAUCCUGAUUUGGUCACAACGUACAACAACAUUGCUGAGGUUCACAAAGCUACAGGUAACUAUUCCAAGGCAUUCAAAAUGUUCGAAAAGAUACUUGAAAUUUCAAAAGCUUCUCAUCCAUCAAAUCAUCCUGAUUUAGCCAUGGCAUACAACAAGUUUGGGGAGAUUAACCAAGCUCAAGGUGAUUUCUCCGAGGCAUUACAGAUGUAUAACAAGGCGUGUGAAAUUUAUUCGAGUGCACUUCUACAUAAUCAUCCUCAUUUAGCCAUAGUAUACAACAACAUUGGUCUGCUUCACAAUGAUCGAGGUGACUGUUUCGAAGCAUUAAAAAUGUUCGAAAAGACGCUUGAAAUUUUAAAAGCUUCUCUUCCAUCAAAUCAUCCUCAUUUAGGCAUGCUAUACAACAACUUUGGUGAGGUGCACCAAGCUCAAGGUGAUCUCUCCGAGGCAUUACAGAUGUACAACAAGGCAUUUGAAAUUUAUUCUGGUUCACUUCCAUCAAAUCAUCAUGAUUUGGCCAUGAUAUACAACAACUUUGGUAAGCUUCACAAAACUCAAGGUGAUCUCUCCGAGGCAACAAAGAUGUACGACAAGGCAUUUGAAAUUUAUUCGAGUUCACUUCCACCAAAUCAUCGGGAUUUGGCCAUGAUAUACAACAACUUUGGCGAGGUUUGCCAAGUUCAAGGGGAUUAUUCGGCAGCAUUAAAGAAGUUCGAAAAGGCGCAAGAAAUUUAUUUGAGUACUCUCUCAGCAAAUCAUCCUGCUUUGGCCCCAAUAUAUAACAACAUUGGUCUGGUUCACCAAGCUCAAGGUGAUUUUUCAGCAGCAUUAAAAAUGUUCGAAAAGGCGCAUGAAAUUUAUUCGAGCACUAGUUCAGCAAAUCAUCCUCAUUUAAUCACUGCAUACAACAACAUUGAGAGGGCAUUAGCAGAUCAGAACAGAGUUUCGGAAGCCAGAGAUGGGCGGUCUAGGUCGAGACCUGGCUUCCGGUUCCGAUGGCUUUCCUGCACUAUACUACAGAGCUGUUAUCGAUGCCAUUAA